UCUCCCGUCAGUCAGUUCGAUGAAAUGGAAAACGGGGGAGGAAAGGGGCGUGGCGGGAAAGGAAGGAAGGAAAGAAGAGGCUCAUGCAAUUUCCAAAAUUGCGAGGAGUGCGGAGCCGGCGGCGGCGUGUGCUCCUCCAGCUC